ACUCUCUCCACCCGUGACGAUGCGAGUCGGCCGUGACAGGGCAGCGCGGACUGUAAACAUGGCGGCGUGCACAGCCACAAGCCUGCGCCGCUGUUCGCCUCCUUAACUGAAGCCUGUAGAGUCGAGACAGCUGAGUCAUGGAGACCGAGGAAGAGCAGCACAUGACGACGCUCUUGUGCAUGGGCUUUCCGGAUCCCGUCGCCAUUCGGAAAGCCCUGCGUCUGGCCAAGAACGACAUCAACGAGGCCGUGGCUUUCCUGACCAACGAGAGCCCCGGACUCGGCUUUGGCUAUGAGCCGAUGGAGAGCGGCCCCAGCCCGGGCUCGGGGCCCAGCGGAGACCGCGACACCACCGGGAGGACCGGCAGCAGCGGCGGCGGCUUCGACCCUCCUCCCGCUUACCACGAUGUUGUAGAAAGCGAGAGGGCUAAUGAUGAGAAUGGGAACUGUUCAGGAGGCAAUAUGGAGUUUCCCACCACCAAUCUGUAUGAGCUGGAGAGCAGGGUGUUCACUGACCACUGGUCAAUUCCAUACAAGAGAGAGGAGUCCCUCGGGAAAUGUCUCAUCGCCUCCACCAGCCUCGCCAGAAUGGGCCUGGCUGAUGCGGAUGAGAACUGUAAGAGGUUCAUGGACAGAUGCAUGCCUGAGGCCUUCAAAAAGUUGUUGAUGUCGAGUGCGGUGCAUAAGUGGGGCACAGAGAUCCAUGAGGGCAUCUACAACAUGCUGAUGCUGCUAGUUGAUCUAGUGGCAGAGAGGGUCAAACAAGAUCCCAUCCCUACUGGCCUUAUGGGAGUACUCACUAUGGCUUUUAACCCCGAUAACGAGUACCACUUUAAGAACCGUAUGAAGGCGAGCCAGAGGAACUGGGACGAGGUGUUUGGGGAAGACAGCAUGUUUGCCGUCUCUCCCAGCUCCAGUUACCAGAAGGAGCCUCACGGAUGGCUAGUGGACCUCGUGAAUCGGUUUGGAGAGAUGGGGGGUUUCACUGCCAUUCAGAGCAAGUUGAAUCAAGAGGAGAUGGAGAUUGGGUGUGUGUCUGCGCUGGUGCAGCCGCUUGGUGUGUGUGCAGAGUACCUGAACUCCAGCCUGGUCCAGCCAAUGCUGGACCCGGUUAUCCACAAGAUGAUCACAUACGUGCAGAAUCUUGAAGAGAAAGACCUAAAGGACAAGAGGUUGGUGAGCAUCCCAGACCUCCUGUCCGCCAUUAAGCUGCUGUGCAUGAGGUUUCAGCGGGAGCUGGUCAACGUAGUGGAUGACCUGAGGUUGGACAUCCUCCUGCGGAUGCUGAAGACCCCUCACUUCAGUGCCAAGAUGAACUCCCUCAAAGAGGUCACCAAGCUGAUAGAGGAGAGCACGGUGUCUAAAACAGUGAAGAACGCCAUCGACACGGACCGGCUCCUCGACUGGCUGGUGGAGAACUCGGUCCUCUCGAUAGCACUGGAAGGCAACAUUGACCAGGCGCAGUAUUGUGACAGGAUAAAGGGAAUCAUUGAGCUGUUAGGGAGUAAACUCUCUCUGGAUGAGCUUUCAAAGAUCUGGAAAAUUCAAUCUGGCCAGUCGUCCACUGUCAUAGAGAACAUCCACACCAUCAUCGCUGCAGCAGCCGUCAAGUUCAACUGCGAGCAGCUCAACCACCUCUUUGUCCUCAUACAGAAAAGCUGGGAGGUUGAGACUGAUCGAGUCAGACAGAAGCUUUUGAGUCUGAUCGGGAAGAUCGGCAGAGAGGCACGGUCCGAGACAACAACAGGAAAGGUGUUGGAGGUGCUUUGGGAGUUAGCCCAUCUCCCUACCCUUCCCACCACUCUGGUCCAGCAGGCCCUGGAGGAACACCUGACCAUCCUGAGCGAUGCCUACGCUGUCAAAGAAACGGUUAAGAGAAGCUACAUCAUCAAGUGUAUUGAGGACAUCAAGAAGAUACAAAUACAAGAGGACUCAAAGUCUACCAGCGAGAUACAGGUGUCUUUUUUUACUGGCUCCUGGGGCAAGAAGAAACCAGCCUGGGCUAAAUCAUCCCAGCAGAGUAAUCCUCAGUCAGUAUGGGUGGUUCCAGCCCUACGGCAGCUCCAUGAGAUUACCCGCUCCUUCAUCAAGCAGACGUACCAGAAACAGGAUAAGAGUAUUAUCCAGGACCUGAAGAAGAAUUUUGAGAUAGUGAAGCUGAUCACAGGCUCUCUAGUGGCAUGCCAUCGUCUGGCCGUAACAGCCGCCGGCCCCAGCGGUCUCUCAGGGUCCACUCUGGUGGAUGGACGAUACUCUUAUCAAGAGUAUUUGGAAGGUCAUCUGAAGUUUUUGGCAUUCUUUCUACAAGAAGCCAGUCUGUACUUGAUGUGGAACAGAGCUAAAGAGAUCUGGGAGUGCUUGGUGUCUGGCAUGGACGUGUGUGAGCUGGACCGGGAGAUGUGUUUUGAAUGGUUCACUAAAGGACAACAUGAUCUCGAAAGUGAUGUUCAGCAACAACUCUUCAAAGAGAAAAUCCUUAAACUUGAGCCUUAUGAGAUUACUAUGAACGGGUUUAAUCUUUUUAAGACCUUCUUUGAGAACGUGAAUCUCUGUGAUCAUCGUCUCAAGCGGCAGGGAACUCAACUGUGUGUGGAGCGAUUAGACCUAAUCGGGAUGGACUUCAUCUGGAGAAUUGCCAUGGAGUCUCCUGACGAGGACAUCGCUAAUGAGGCCAUUCAGCUCAUCAUCACCUACAGUUACAUAAAUCUCAAUCCCAAAAUGAAGAAGGAUUCAGUGUCCUUACAUAAGAAGUUCAUAGCUGAUUGUUAUAAGAGGUUGGAGGCUGCCAGUUCUGCCCUGGGCGGCCCAACCUUAACCCAUGCUGUUACACGAGCAACCAAGAUGUUGACAGCUACUGCCAUGCCAACUGUCGCCACAUCAGUGCAAUCACCCUCCAGGUCUACUAAGCUGGUAAUCAUUGAGAGGCUGCUGUUACUGGCUGAGAGAUAUGUCAUAACUAUCGAGGAUCUGUACUCUGUUCCUCGAACUAUUCUACCUCACGGAGCUUCUUUCAACGGCCAUCCUGUAACGCUUCACAUUACCUACGAAUCUACCAAAGACACUUUCAGCCUAGAGGCUCACAGUAAUGAGACUGUUGGGAGCAUCAGGUGGAAGAUUGCAGAACAGCUUAGCUGUCCAGUGGACAACGUGCAGAUAUUCGCCAACGACAGCAUGCUGACCAUGAACAGAGACCAGAAGCUGUUGAAUCAGCUGGGUUUCUCUGAUGAGCAGAGUCUGACAGUGAAGAGUUCAGGAACUGGCACUCCAUCUGGCAGCUCUGCAGACAGCUCAGCCUCUGCCAGCUCCAGCAGCAGCGGGGUCUUCAACUCAGCAUAUGCGCUGGAGCAGGAGAAGUCUCUGCCUGGCGUCGUGAUGGCAUUAGUGUGUAACGUGUUUGAGAUGUUGUAUCAACUGGCUAACCUAGAGGAGCCUAGAAUAACUUUACGUGUGAGGAAGUUGUUGCUGCUCAUCCCAACUGAUCCGGAGGUGCAGGAUGCCCUGGAUAACUUUGUUCCGAAGGAGUCCAGUGUGUGGAGCCACCAGAAAACUCUGUUCACAUUGGGUUCUGGAUCUCAGGCCUCGAAGUCUCCAUCUCUGUCCAGCAAGCAGCAGCAUCAGCAGAGUGCAGCGUCCAUCCUGGAGUCAUUGUUCCGCUCCUCUGCCCCGGGCAUGUCCACUUUCAGAGUGCUGUAUAAUCUUGAGGUGCUGAGCUCAAAAUUGAUGCCUACCUCAGAUGAUGAGAUGGCAAAGACUAGUGUGAAGUCCUUCUGUGAGAAUUUUCUCAAAGCUGGAGGUCUUAGUCUGGUGGUUAAUGUCAUGCAGAGGGACUCCAUCCCCUCUGAAGUGGACUACGAGACCAGACAGGGAGUCUACUCCAUCUGCCUGCAACUCGCGAGAUUCUUACUAGUAGGACAAACAAUGCCAAGUAUCCUGGAUGAAGAGCUGGGUAAAGAGGGCGUGGACACGCUAUCCUCAAGGCCCUUCCGUAACGCGGGCAGGCAGAGCGGACGACAGCUCUCGCUCUGUGGGACGCCCGAGAAAUCCUCCUACAGACAGAUGUCCAUGUCUGAUAGGUCCUCCAUUAGAGUGGAGGAGAUUAUACCAGCAGCCCGUGUUGCCAUUCAGACAAUGGAGGUGGGGGACUUUACUUCUACAGUGGCCUGCUUCAUGCGCCUCACCUGGGCUGCAGCUGCUGGCCGAUUGGACCUCGUGGGCAGCAGCCAGCCAAUCAGAGAGAGCACUAAUUCUCUGCUGCCUCUGGGAGUUCGUAGCAGGGUUAGCAGCACAGGCAGUAACUGCAGCUCCAGCAGUGAAGGAGAGGCCACCACAUUGCAGGCUGGCAUCUGUGUCAAACAACAGUGUGUUUCCAUUAAAGACACAAUCAUCGCCCGAGAAGCCCUUUCACUGUUGGUCACUUGUCUGCAGCUUCGCUGUCAACAGCUUUCUUCUUUCUACAACCUGCCCUGUGUGAAUGAUUUUAUCAUCGAUAUUCUGCUGGGAUCUCCCAGUGGAGAGAUCCGGCGAGUGGCAUGUGAUCAGCUGUAUACUUUGAGUCAGAGUGAUACUUCGGCAUAUCCAGAGCUACAAAAGCCCAAUCUGUUCCUGUUAAAGGUCGUGUUGACUGCCCAGCUCCCUCUCUGGUCUCCCACCAGUGUCAUGAGGGGCAUCAAUCAAAGGUUGCUUUCACAGUGCACAGAGUAUUUUGACCUGCGAUGCCAACUCCUGGAUGAUCUGACUAACACAGAGAUGGAGCAGCUGCAGAUCAGCCCAGCAGCCAUGUUGGAGGAUGAGAUCAACUGGCUGGAUAACUUUGAGCCGACGUGGACCAGCGAGCUGGAGACCAGCGAGGCCGACAACAUCCUGCAGGCCGGUCAUCUGCGCCUCAUUAAGACUCUGCUCUCGCUCUGUGGCAACGAGAAGGAGCAGUUUGGCCCCUCCCUUAUCCAGCAGCUGUUGGAUGACUUCCUGUUUCGAGCAUCACGCAUUAUCCUAAAUAGCAACAAUCCUUCCAGCAGCACAGCUCCUCUCCAUGACUUCCACCCAAAGUGCAGUACAGUCAGCAGUCGGUUAGCAGCAUAUGAGGUGUUGGUGAUGCUGGCUGACAGCUCUGUCACCAACUUGCAGCUUAUCACUCGAGAGCUGCUCUCUAUGCACCACCAGUCUGACCCCUCUCUCUCUAAGGAGUUUGAUUACCUCCCCCCGGUGGAUGGCCGCUCCAUAUCAGGUUUUGUGGGGCUGAAGAAUGGUGGGGCAACCUGCUACAUGAACGCAGUCUUUCAGCAACUCUACAUGCAGCCUGGCUUACCUGAGGCUAUCCUAUCGAUAGAAGAUGAUACCGAGAACCCAGAGGAGAGUGUGUUCUGUCAAGUACAGUCCCUUUUUGGCCACCUGAUGGAGAGCAAGUUGCAGUACUAUGUGCCUGAGAACUUCUGGAAGAUCUUUAAGAUGUGGAACAAGGAGCUCUAUGUACGAGAGCAGCAGGAUGCCUACGAGUUCUUCACCAGCUUGGUGGACCAGUUGGAUGAGCAUUUGAAGAAAAUCGGAAGAGAGCAGAUCUUCAAAAAUACAUUCCAGGGCAUUUUCUCUGACCAGAAGAUAUGCAAAGACUGUCCACACAGGUACGAGCGUGAGGAAACCUUCAUGGCACUGAACCUAGGGGUGACAUCGUGUCAGAGUUUGGAGAUUUCUCUCGAUCAGUUUGUCAGAGGAGAGGUGCUGGAAGGCAGCAAUGCUUACUAUUGUGAAAAAUGCAAAGAGAAGAGGACUACAGUGAAGCGCACAUGUAUUAAGUCAUUGCCCAGUGUGCUGGUUAUCCAUCUCAUGCGGUUUGGCUUCGACUGGGAGAGUGGACGCUCCAUAAAAUACGACGAACAGAUAAGAUUCCCCUGGGUGCUGAACAUGGAGCCGUACACAGUGUCUGGCAUGGCUCGACAAGACUCCAGUUCAGAUCACGGAGAGAACAGCCGGACAGGAGAGGCUGGGCCUGGAGGCUCUCCACGCAAGAAAGUCACCAUUUCCGAGAACUAUGAACUGGUGGGAGUGGUGGUACACAGCGGUCAGGCACAUGCAGGACACUACUACUCUUUUAUCAAAGACCGUAGGGGAGGGUCACGAAGCAGAUGGUACAAGUUUAACGAUAACGUCGUGGAGGAGUUUGACAUGAACGAUGAAAGCCUGGAGUAUGAGUGUUUUGGUGGAGAGUACAGACCCAAAGUCUACGAUCAGUCUAACCCAUAUCCAGAUGUGCGGCGACGCUACUGGAACGCUUACAUGCUCUUCUACCAGCGCAUCAGUGAACAGAACUCGCCCGUGCUGCCCAAAAAGAGCCGUGUCAGCGUUAUGAGACAGGAAGCCGAGGACCUGUCUCUGUCUGCACCUUCCUCUCCAGACAUUUCCCCCCAGUCAUCUCCACGACCCCCCAGAGCCAAUAAUGACCGGCUCACUCUGCUCACCCGGCUGGUCAGGAAAGGAGAGAAAAAGGGCCUGUUUGUGGAGAAGAUGCCUGCCAGGAUCUUUCAGAUGGUGAGGGAUGAAAACCUAAAGUUCAUGAAGAACAGAGAUGUGUACAAUAGUGAUUACUUUAACUUCACCCUGUCGCUGGCCUCCGUCAACUCGACGAAGCUGAAGCAUCAAUCCUAUCAGGCCAUGGCAAAGACCAGCCUGCAGCUGGCUGUGCAGUUCCUGUUCCACACUUACUUACGUACCAAGAAGAAGCUUCGGGUUGAUACAGAGGAGUGGAUAGCUACAGUGGAGAUGCUGCUGUCUAAGAGCAGUGAGGCAUGUCGGUGGAUGGUGCAGUAUCUGGUGGCCGCUGAGGGACGGGAGAUCAUCAAGAACUGCUUGCUGGAGUGUAAUGUACGUGAGGUGCGUGUAGUGGUGGCCUCCAUCCUCGAGAAAACUCUAGAGAGUGCACUCUGUUUCCAGGAUGCUGGGCUGGACUGCCUUUUAGACAUGCUGCUGUCUUUGCUUGACAAGGACGUGCCAGAGAACUGCAAAAACUGCUCCCAGUACUUCAGCCUGUUUAGUAACUUUGCCCAGAGGGGAUUCAGGUCUUGCCAACUACUGUUAAAGCAUGCUGCUUAUCGAAGGAUGCUCAUCUUCCUGCUAGGUCCUAAUAGACAGAACAAUCAGAACCGCCGAUGGAGUUCAGCUCAGGCACGAGAGUUCCUUCACUUGCAUAACACACUUGCCCUGGUGGUGCUACACACAGACCUCACAUCUCAGAGAACCGAAACCCCUGGAAUGUUCAAGCAUAGCUCCUCUGCCCUGGUGUCUUCAACCACACUCUUGCCACUGCACCCAGAUGUCAACACACUGCUGUUCAAACCUGAGGGACAGCCUUACCUUAUGGAGGUAAUGUUUGCCAUGCGUGAGCUCUCUGGACCACUAUCCUUCCUCAUAGAGAUGGUGACAUACUGCUGCUUUUGUAACGAGCCUUUCUCUCUGGGAGUGCUACAUCUGCUUAAGAAUCAGCUCGAGACAGCUCCUCCUCAUGAGCUGAAGAAUGUCUUCCAAAUGCUUCUGGAGAUUCUGAUGGUAGAAGACCCUUUGCAGUCCCAGAGACUCAAAUAUGCAUUCGAAUCUGAGAAAGGGCUCCUGGCUUUGAUGCAUCAGAGCAACAAUGUGGACAGCAGCCGCUGCUACCAGUGUGUCAAGUUCCUGGUCACUUUAGCUCAGAAGUGUGCUCCUGCUAAAGACUACUUCAAGGAGCUGUCUGGACACUGGAGCUGGGCAGUGCAGUGGCUGCAGAAAAAGAUGUCAGAGCACUACUGGACACCUCAGAGCAACGUGUCUAAUGAGACGUCCACGGCUAAGACCUUCCAGCGGACCAUCUCAGCACAGGAUACACUGGCCUAUGCCACAGCUCUGUUGAAUGAGAAGGAACAGUCUGGCAGCAGUAAUGGCUCUGAUGGCAGCCCAGCUAAUGAGAACUCGGACCGCAGUCUAAGACAGGGCUCAGAGUCUCCUAUGAUGUUGGGUGACUCUAAGAGUGAUUUAGAAGAUGUUGACCCCUAACUCUCUACAUCAUCAGCAAUAGGGGUACUUUUUGUACACAAGCAAAAAAAAAAAAAAAACAAGAUUCCCUCCAAUGGAGAGAUAUUGUAGCUCGAUGCAGCCAAUCGAAAGACUGCAUUUGACCUCCUGGAGGGCCCAGGAAACGGAUAAUCAGGAAAACAAGAGGCACAAACCCAGCCAUCGAGAGUUCUCACUGCAACUCGAGAAGUGAACGAAACGGGGAAAGCAGCUGGUCAAGGCAGGCAAAGGCUGAGGUUGUUAAGAGCGGAGCGCAACUCUCACUCUCACUGGAUAUCGUGUUUACUGAAGAUCCCAUCAUGAAGCCCGAGUUCAGUUUGAACAUGGAGGAGGUUUUUUGUUUUGUGUCACUUUUCACACACAUGCAGGAUUUAGUGGUGCUGAGGAAGGGUGUUUUAAACGUAAAAAAAAAAAAGCAUAAAAAGGAAAGAAAAAGAACACUGUUUGUGGAUAUUUGCCAAUAUAAUAAGAGCAUUCAUGAAAAAAAUCAAAGCUGUGUUCCAUAGGUGUAAUUUCAUAUGUAAAAUAAUAUUUUUAAGAAUUCUAUACUUUUUUUGUUUGUUUUGUUUGAGAGGUGCCUCGUAAUCAACUCUAAGAGGAUCUUGCUACUCUUAGCUACUUAAAUGACAGUUGUUCUCUCUCUCUCUCUCUCUCUCUCUUUCUUUCUGUCUCUCUAUCUCUCUCUCUCGCUCGCUGGUAUUUUUUUUAAUGCACUUUAUAUAUGACUUCAGUUUGUCAGGUCUGUGAAGGUGACAUUUGACAGGCGAUCGAGUGGCCACGUUCUUUGCUGCUUUGCUUUCCUUUGCUUUCUUGCGUGUUUUUUUUUUUUUUCUUUCUUUUUUUUUCUUUUCUUUUCGUUCUGGCACUACCGGGAAGUGGAGGAGAUGGAAAUCAAUUUGCAUCGUGUUCCACAGAAUUCACAACAACUCUGGUAACCGAUACGAUACGUUUGGAAAUGAAUGAAAUAUAUGUAUACGUUUCCAGACAUUUCCCAAACUUGUGGAGAUCAGCUGUCUGCAUAUAGCUUCCCCCCCCCCCCCACGUUUUCACACACACACACACACACAGUCCGCCUAAACAAGAUAACAGUGUACCUUGGGACAUCAUGUGUGGGAGAAAAAAAAGUCUGGGAAUCUUCCUUAUUUUGGUUUUGCUUUCUGAAAGAGUGCCAGAACGAAUCAAACGUCAGCUUAUUGUGGAGGAGAGAUUUCACCAAUCGUACACUAUAUGCUGGGUUUUUAUUCCCCUCUUUGGUCAUGUAUUUGUCUCAGGCUUGCUCGUGUUUAUGUGACUGCCAGUAUAAGUGACACACACACACAUUCUCUAUCUCUCUCUAUCUUCCCGGACCGCUUUAGGCUCUUUUGUGUGUGUAGACGCACAAACCGUGUCUACUAUGCACCGUUGCUGCAUCUGACUCACCAAAUCACAUAGACACGCACAUCACCAAACACCCAAUGCCUACUGAGAGACGGGUGAGCUAGUCCGAUCACACAGCCAACCUCACGUUGUUGCUUUGAGCUUUAACUUGGAUGCUUGUUCAGGGGUUUUCUUUGCCAAGAGCUAUUUUAUAGUUAUUUGCCUGUAUUUGUUUGUCUGUCUGCCUUAUACCAUGUGCAUGUGUGGCACAUACACACACCACCACCACCAAUGGCACUGUUGCCAAAAGAAAGAAAAGGAGUUGAGUGCCAAGGAUUAUUUGGUGCUUGUCAUGAUCCCUGGCCUUUGGUUAUGCUGACUGAUUCCCUCUUUCUCUCUCUCUCUCUCUCUCUCUGUUUCUCUCUUUCUCUCUUUCUCUCCCUUUCUCUCUUUCUCUCUCUCUCUCUCUCUCUCUCUCACCCUCUCCUUAUAAUGCCCCAACCCAGAGCCAGGAUCUCAGCAAAGUGUCAGGGACGGUUGCUGCUUAUUUUGUAUUUAGUCUAGUACACUUUAUUGACAUUCAUACAAUGUUUACAGAACAAUCUCAGCACUGCGUUACAUAAAGGCAUUUGUUUUCUGAGCGGAACGAAAAGGGAUGCUGUGUGACUCUAUCAUGUUAAUAGCUGUGCUGUUGUAGAGCCUAAACUGAAGUGAUGACAAUGGAGCGCAAAAAAAAAAAAAAAAAAACAA